AUGGCUCAGAGUUCACAUGGAGGAAGUCACAGACGAAGUAGGGAUCAUGAAAGUUCUAUGAGAUAUACUAAUACUGACUGGGAAGCUAAGGAAGCACUGUAUCAGCGAGAAUUAGAUGAAGCUCGAGCAAGAGCAACGCAAAUGGAGAAAACAAUGCGCUGGUGGUCUGAUUGCACUGCCAAUUGGAGAGAGAAAUGGAGUAAAGUUCGUAAUGAGCGAAACAAAGCCAGGGAGGAAUCAAAACAAUUAAAAACAAAAGUAGACAUAAUUACAAAAGAAUUAAAUUUAAUAAAAACAGACAAAAAUGAUUUAGAACAGCAAAUACAAGUCCUGAAAUUGGACAAUGAAAAAUUACUUAGUCUUGGGGAACGUAGGAUUGUUUCGUGUGACUUAUCAACAGAAGAUGGUGUUGAGUUAAGAAAAAAAUGUGCUAUUACAAGUCCAAAUGAAUCAGCCAAACAAAGAGCUUCCCUAGAUUCUCACAAAUUCUCCAAUGUUGAUAAUGUCCUUGCAAACAAAUUAGGUGAGAUGAGAAUACGUUUGGAUGAAACCUUCAAGAAUCUACAAACUGAAAAAGAUCAAAAAUCUUUUUUACUAUCAAAGAUUGAAACCUUGACAGCUGAGUUAAAUAGUGCCAAAAUGGAGUUAGCGCAUAGUGAUAGAACUGUAGGUUCAACUGAUUCUAGUCAUAGUGAAAUUGAGAGGCUACAAAAUGAACUACAGGAUGAAGUCGCUGCGAAACAAGUCCUAGAAGAGAAAAUUGCUGAACUUAAAAUGGAGCUAGAAAGGCUAAAAUCAGAAAAUACUAUACAGUGGAGCAAACGUGAACUAUUAGAAACUGAAAACAUAGCUAUAUUGAGAGAAAAUAAAAAAUUAUAUAGCCAAAUUUGUGAAUUGAGAGAGCAAAUUCACAAACUCAAUAGAAUAUCAGAUGGGAGUAUUUAUGGUGUACCAUAUAAUGAUCAUAAUAAAUUAGAUUCAAAUGUGUUGUACAUCAGGAAGAGCAGUGUUAGCCCAAGAUCCCAUGAGUCGAGUAAUGCCUCUUCAGAGGCCAUUGCUGACGCGAAAACGAACACGUCAGGAGAGGACGACGAAUUGGCGAUAAUUGAAAGAAAUUAA